CUUUGUGUUCUCAUUUUAUAGGCCAAAAUGUGACUUUCAAUCAUCAAAUCAAACAAUGGAGCAAGGAACCGUCAAAUCCCUAACAAUCGCCGAGCUCCUCCGGCAAUCUCGUCCUUGCACCGGCGCAUCGUCACUCAUUUCCAGUCCUUUUCCAAAAACCCCACCACCCCAGUUUUCACCCUCCCUCCUCACCCCCACACUUUCUCCCCCAAAAAUCCUCAAAUCCCUUAACCAGCCAACUCUUCUUACUGGAAUCCUUUUUCUAUCUCAUGGAGAGGAUUCGCCUCUCAAGUGCAAUUGUUUUCGUUUCUCUGAUGGGUCUGACACUGUUUGUUGUGACAUUCUUGGGUUUAAUCCGUGUAUGAUUAACAAAAAAGUUCAAAUUUUAGGUUGGAAUUUCUUACCCUUCAAUUGUAAUGGUAAUGGUAAUGGUGGGUUCUUAGAAAUUAUUAGAUGGGGUUUUCUCGAUUCUAGUUCUGCUUCUUUUGAUACGUUUUCUAUACUUUCUGGGUGUUGUGUUGAUCAAUAUGAUAGCAUAAAAGCUCGCUACUUUGUAUGCGGCGUAGUAGAAUCUGUUAGCCCUGUUUCUGUAGUUCCAUGCAGAGCUGGGUCCAGAGCUGAUACUGAAAAUCUUGGGGGGUUCCUCGUAAAUAUUUUAGUUUGUGGCUGUAAUUUGUGUAAUUCUAAAGAUUUAAGAUUGGAUAUGCUGAAUUCGAAUGAGGAAAUGGGUAGUCAUUGUUAUAACAAACCUGAGAUUGUCUACUUUUGUGGGUCUGCUUCUUCUUGGCAUACAGUGUUUUCAAGACUGAUAAGGAGGAUUGUUUCAUUAUCGGGAUUGAAGAAGAGACUUGUAUUUGUGGGAAAAAAAGUGUCUCAAUUGAUGUAUGUAGUUGUGGAUAAUUCUUUGAUGUAUAUUCCUAAGUUGCCCCUGGGAUGUAUCCCCCUUAGGGAAAUUGAUGUGAGAGGGGAAGGAGAACUUGUUAGUUAUACUGGAACUGUGACAGGAAUUUACAUGAGGGGUAUGAUUGUUGAGUUGGAUAAUGAACUGUUGCUAUUGUUAACAGAUCAGCAGCUUUCUGUUCCACAUAGUGUGAGAGUUGGAGCAAUGGUAUCAGUGAAAAACGUCCAUGUUGUAAAUCCAAGUUAUUCAUGGACAAAGACGCUUAUACUUGGCUCUUGUGUUAAAACUAGCAUUUCUGUGGAAUGUUUCUCCUCGCUGGAAGCAGGGUGUUAUACAGUGACCUGCUGCAAGAGCCUUCUUGCGAAGUUCAUUGACUCCUUGGUGUUUGGUGCCAGGCUAUGGGUAUUACUUGUCAUCAUCUGUUUAAGGAGAAAGUUCUCUGGGAUCUUAUCUGAGAAAGAAAUCUUGGGAUCAACAAAUAGGAAAGGAUUGGCUCAGACAUAUGCAACUUCAUAUUUACCCCCUUCAGUCUUCCAAAUUCGGCAUGGGAUGUUUAUGGAAUUUGUCAAGCAUGACAGAUGUGCUUGUGGCAGAGAAAAAAGUUCUGCACCUUUGAAGUUGGUGGCACCUAUCACUAAUUUAAUUAAUUCCUGUGAGGCCAUGUGGAAGAAAAUGAUUUGCCAUCAGGACACAGAUUUUGAUAUCAUGGGUACCCAAAAGGAGUUUAACUCCAUAUCUUGUGAUGGGAGACCUUAUGUGCUGUCUAUAAGGAAAGCCAUUCACAGUGAAGACAUAGGUGUUUCUUUGCUUGGAAUCUUAAAGGUCUCACAGUCGUCUGGAAGGAUGUUGCUUGUUGAUGCAACUGGAAGCAUUGAUGUUAUCAUACCAGAUCUUCCAUCAAGUUUGAAUAUCAAUAACAUAUAUGAGGUCAGAAAUUUUUUGGCAAUUAUGGAAGACAUACCCAUGAAGCUGGGUCCUGUGGAUUUACUCCAACAUGAACCUUUCACGUGUAGAAGUAUUUUUGAGAAUGGCCCAUUUUGGAGAGAUAUGAACAUGCCACUGCAUUUUUACUACAACCUGAAGGACCUAAUACCUGUAAAUCAUCAUUUUACUACCUGUGUUGAUUCACAAGUUGACUUACGAAAAAUUGGACGAGGAAAAUAUCAUCUGUUUCUGUUAAUGCACAAAUUCCCUAUUCUGCAAAAGCAUCAGUUUGAAGGAAGUCAACCUGCUUCAAGUACAUCAAGUGCAUUUGCUGAGGCCUUAAUUCUGUCUUGGGAUUUACUUAUUGCUGGCAAAAACAGAAAUACCCGUAUUGAUAACCCUUUGAUAGAACAAUUGAAGCAACCAAUGAAAUAUUUUGAUAGAAUGGAAAUUGGAAAGCUUAUUGCGUGUAAAAGACAAAAGCCUCACCAACUGUCUAAUGAGGCUUUGACAUCUGCACUCAAUGAUACUGGAAAUGAAUCGUGUUGCAGCUCCAGUCACCCUGCUUACUCAUGCUCUUUUGGGGUGGGCAAGCGUCAUGACUCAUGCGGUCCAGAGGAGAUCCCGUGUCUUGUGACGGGAAAUUGUCUUAAUUAUCCUUUCCUUGGUAUGUUGCACCACACAGACACCAAAACAGAUGUGGGCUCUUGCUCAAAACCACAAGUGGGAAGGGCAUUGCUGGAAUUCAAGUCUGAAGCUUUAUCUGUUUAUGAGGUGUUGAAAAUUGGUGGUCAUUAUCUUAUAAAACAUAAGAAAGAAGACAUGUUUUGUACUGAUGCAAUAGGUGGUAAAAUAGUUGUGAAUUCGGGAACCAACAUUUGGAGCGUUUCUUUUUCAUCUGUCAAUGCUCUCCAAAAUUUUGAUGUAUCCUGCUUACUUCAACAGUCUGGCUCCUUUAGUCACAAUAGUGUUCUUCCAGAAGGCUAUCAUCAGUUUCAAAUUCCAAACUCUGUGCCUAAGGGAAAAAAUAAUAUCCCUUCAGAUGUCAACUUAUAUAUUCCGUCUGAUGUUACAAACUUAUUUGAUGUUAACUUGGAGUUGUUGGAGAACUGUUCUCUCGAGCCUCUUGUUCCAUUUGGAGAAAUGACCAAUAUCUACCCCUCUAUUCAUAAUUUGCCAGAGGGAAACCUAACAUUUAUUCAUGGGCAGAUCAAGGCUGUUCACUGUUCAGAUGGAAAGUCAUAUGCCAUACAUUUAAGGUGCGAGAGCAUCAAUGGUGUUUGUCCGUCAUUAUUCGUAGAAGGAACGACCAGUAUAUGUGUCCACGUUUUAAUGGACCAUAAGAUGGUCAAGAUUUUUGGCACUGCAAAUAAACUUGCUUACCCUGCUGGAUUUGGACGAGGUGUCACUGCAUCAUUUCACAGAGUACUUGCCCUCAGUGCGCAGGACAACUUUAUGUUGAUACCUACAUCCUUCAUUGUUAUCAACCCAUCAAGUUUGAUAAAUGAUCAAAGUGAUGAUGCACACACCUACAAAUCUGCUGCUUUGGACUUGGAUGGCGGUUCUCCAUUCUAUGCUAAUACUGCAUCUUUAAUUGCUGAUACAGUAAGCUGUUUAGCGACUCAACAAGUGGAGUUCCAUUGCAGGAUCAUCAUAAUCAGUCAAAUAAUCAAACAAGGAAGGACCGAGGAAUUUAAAAAAAGAUUUCAUUAGGUAUUUCAAUCACAUGAAGAAGAUCAGAGGGAUACGGGAUUAGAAGGACAAUCAAAGAAAGAGACUAUGGAGGGAGGCUUUGGAGGAGAGAUGGAGUGUUUGAAGGAGAGAGACAAGUGCACUUCAGUGUUUAAUUUUAGAAAAAGGAAAAAGAAGAAUGGAAAGAAUGGGUAACCUGCAAUAGCAGGUAAAUUUACCUGAUACUGUAAAAAUUUUUGUCCACUGACGGUGCACGAAACUUUGAACUCUUUGGGAAUUACCAACCAAAUGGAAAAGAAAACACAACAAUUCUAAAUGAAAAAAAGAGAACGAAAAUGGUAAUUAACUAGACACACCUAAUAUUGUCUAUCGAAAGCUUCCACAUGUGCUUCAUCUUUUUUAUUCCUUGUUUUGUUGAUAUCUUCCUGUGGCCAACAAUCUUUAGAUUUUCUUGGGUUAAAGAGUCUCUUUAGGUUGGAAUUUUUAAAUGCUGAUAGAAAGAGAAGAAGCUGUUAUCUUCUUAAUUAACUUUAGUAUCCAUUGUUAUAUAAUUGAAAGUAUUUGACUGACUGCUUGCUAUUUUAGAAAGUGUGCUUGAUCAUGAGACCUAGGUAGUCGACAAAAUUGAAAAGCUUUUAAUGGCCUUUCUAUAGGGAUGACAGAACUUCCCAUCUAAGGCGAAGUUAGUUGAAAAUGUUUUAGGAUAUACACGAGGUCACAGGAAUGAAUACUCAAAAGAUUAGGGACAUCCAUAAUAUUUUGGCUUAACAUUUUCUAGGCACUUGUUGGACAUCUCUUCUCAUAGGACAUCCUUUUUUUUGCUCAUUU